AUGGCCGGCCGUAGCGCAGAGCCAGGGUCCUACCCGCCAUGCCCCCACCCCCAGCAGCCGCAGUUUUGUUGUUCCUGUUGCCCCAGGCGACAGAACCCGCCUACCCGACAACCAGCCAAUGGAGAGCCUGCAGACCUGUGGGUAUACAGCAGAGAGAGGGACAGAGACUCAGAAAGGAAGGGGAACAGAGAGAACGGUGCAGAGACCAAAAAGGGGGGACAGAGAUCAGAGGGGAACAGAGACUCCCAGGGGCAGCCCAAUGGGUCAGAACCUGAUGUCCUGCUCAAGCAGGGCAAAUUUCAAUUCCAGGGCAAAGACUCAGGUCCGGCCAGUACGGCUGAGGAGGGUGCAGACACAAGCGACACCCAGUGUCGCCGGUCCACACCCCGGCAACCCCCGCUACCCCCACCGGGGCUGUCUUCCCCAGAACUGUCGGCCUUGCAUCUGGUCUCAAAGAAGUACUGGCGGAGAGGGCUGCCACCGGCCGCUGGUACCUCGCCCAGCACCUCCACCUCGCGCCCACGCAGGUCCACGGCCGUCCGCCGGUCUGUCACCCAGCCGCUGACUGCAUCACAGACGGCCAGCUCGCCCCGGCGACUGGCUGGUGCUGUCUCGCUCACCCCACGGCGGCUGCGGUUGGCUGGGAUGCCCGCAGGCUCUCCGAAGGCCCCAGCCUCCAACAGGAAGAGCAGAGGGGGUCCUGAGGGGACACCCCGGGACAGGACUACUCGGGGGGACAGGAGGUCCCACUCAGGGGCCAGAAAUGGGGGCAGUGACCCUGGAGUCCGGGACCCCAGUCUCUUCCUUCGGGCACAGGCGUCCAGGAACCCAGCCCCCUCCUCCUCCAGACCCGGGAAUGGGGACCCCCAGUCUUCUCCUCGCUCAGACCCGGGAACUGGGCCCCCAGCCCCCUCCUCCUCCAGACCUGGGAAUGGGGACCCCCAGUCUUCUCCUCGCUCAGACCCGGGAACUGGGCUCCCAGGCCCUCUUCCCCCAGACCCCGGAAUGGGGACCCCCAGCCCCCUUCUCACUCAGACCCAGGAGUCCGAGUCCCCAACCUCUUCCUUAGGGCACAGCACUCCAGGAACCCAGCCCCCUCCUCCUCCAGACCCGGGAAUGGGGACCCCCCAGCCCUCUCCUCGCUCAGACCAGGGAAUUGGGCCCCAGACCGGGGAAUGGGGACCCCCCAGCCCUCUCCUCACGCAGACCCAGGAGUCCGAGUCCCCAACCUCUUCCUUAGGGCACAGCACUCCAGGGUAG